UCGUUUCGUAUUCGCCAAAAUGAGGGUGUCUGUGCCACCUCCCGACGCUCAUCGGACACUGGAGUUUAGGGAUAUUCUCAAACCCUUUCCAAAAGAGAAGGUAGCCAAUGCCACCUUUAAGGUCAUCCGCUUCUUGUAUCCACCCUUUGCCCUCGGCAUGGUGGAUGUCAUUCCCGUGGUGAGUGAUCCCCAACCCGAUUUUGCCAACAUUUUCCUGGUGCUUGGGAUCGCUUUUGUCCUUGGCUUAUUGCUUGUCUAUGUGACCUACAGAUGCAAGUUUGCGGUGAAACCCUCGCAACGCAUCGAAAAUCGGCCGAUGGAGCGUAGGGGAUUCUGGGACCGCAUUCCGUCUUGUAGGUCUGGUGGGACUACCGGUGCGGAGUGUCUGCGACUUUUAGACAUGUACAGCAGGCAGGCGGCAAAAAGAGACAACGAAGUUCACCGAAACGUCAGUGAAGAGGGUCAGCCAGGAGCCAGUCACAUUCGCAGUCAGAAUGCCGGUCUGAGUGCCAAUCACAGUCGCAUUCGGAGUUCCGAUCCGAGUGCCGGUCCGAGUUCCGGUCCGUGUGACAGUCACAGUCGCAGCCCGAGUGCCGUUCCAAGCGCCGGCCCGAGUGGCAACUACCAGAAGACCAUCCCGUGCCAGUUCCACAAAACUGAGAGCAAAACGGAAAUCGAUCUGACAGACCUUAUCGAGCAGAUCGACGACACGGCGCAGGAGCGUUAACCAGCCACCCCACCCUUCCACCACCCCCUCACACCUUCCCUCUACGAUCUUCUAGGGAUCUCUGGUCAGACUUGGGUCUCCAAAGCGAUGACAGAGACAAGUUUCUAUCGCUUGUGUAAGCUCUUAAAAUUUUCAUUUAAUUUUUGAGGACCUUUCUCGUUCUGUGUCCCCCAAUAAAAUGAAGUGAUUUGCGUGA